AUGUUUCCAUCGUUAGUUCAACAUAAUUUACGUCGUCCACAUUCUCGUGAUGAUAUGGAUGAAUUCAACGAUUUCAUGUCUGAUGCAAAUGUUCUGAUAGUGGGCACGCGUCGUAAACAAUUUCGUUCUGCGGCAAAUGUAAACGUGAAUCAAAAUACAGCUAAUAGUCAUUUGAACAAUCGGCAACAAAUAACAACAGCAGUCACAACUAGUACUUGUGCUUUAGUUCAGCAAUCAAGUGGUACGAAUAUUUCCCUAGAAGCUGAACGAUUUCCUCAAACAUGUUAUCCAUUCCCUCCAUUUAUUAUUCAUUUUUCGUCUGGUAAUGUUAAGGAUCAGUAUGUUGUGGACGAUAUAUUUAAACAUGUUAACGAUAAGCAUAAGUAUAACGUUGCUGUUGCUGGUUUUGGUCGAUCAACUAAUUUUUGUCAACCUGAUGAGUACAAUGUCCUAUUAUUUGUUAGUAACAUUUGCCUAAUUAUAUGA